AAACAUCAAUACUAAAAUUCAUCUUUCUCUUUCAGUUUGUUUUCUAUACUUUUUCCUAUACUUUUCGAUCUCGAUGGAAUAUGUUGAUGAAUUUUUCGCUUUAGAGAAAAUCAGAACUCAUCUUCUCGGAGAAUUUUCACCGAAAACAUUGAAAUUUGGGGCGGAAUUAACGAGUAGUAAGUGUAGUGAUACUGUGACGGAGAGUUGUAAUUCUGAAUCUGCUAGUUCUGAUUCUCUUCCAUUUGAUUUUUUCUUCGAUAUUGAAGCUGAUUUCUUUCAAUUUGGAACUGGAGUUUCUAAUUCGACCUCCGAAUCAGCUAAUUCGGUGCAUAAUCGAACAGAUUUUGUUAAAAUUGAAUCGGAGCCGUCGAUUUCGAGCUCUGAUUAUGAGGAGAAUCAGAGCAAAUGCUUUCAGGUUAAAUCGGAACCUCAAGUAUUCAUCGAUCUUACUUCACCGAAAUUGAGUAGCGCUAGUGAUCGGAAACCUUCACUGAAAAUUGAUUUACCUCCGGUGAAGAAAUAUGAAUGGAUCGAUUUUGGUAAUUCGGCUCACUCGAAUCCGAUUGUUUCGGUUCCCGUGAAACAGAUAAGGAAAGCUGAAGAGAAGAGGAAUUACAGAGGAGUGCGACAGCGGCCAUGGGGAAAGUAUGCGGCGGAGAUCCGAGAUCCGAGACGCCGUGGUUCUAGAGUUUGGCUUGGAACAUUUGAUACAGCAAUUGAAGCGGCGAAGGCUUAUGAUAAAGCUGCAUUUACGAUGCGAGGAAGUAAAGCGAUACUGAAUUUUCCUUUGGAGGUAGGGAAGACUCUGUCGUAUUCAAGCUCCGCCGUGGAAGGCGGCGUGAAGCGGCGGAGAGAUUCGGCGGAAACUGAAGAAGGGAAGGUAGUGAAGAAGUGUAAGGAAGAGGAGUCAUGGCCAUUAACGCCGUCAAGUUGGAAUUUCGUUUUUGAACAGAAUUGUAACGGAAUGUUUAACCUCCCUCCAUUAUCACCCUUAUCUCCUCACCUUGGCUGUUCGCAGCUAAUUCAAAUAUGAGUGCAAUACAUGAUAUUAUGAAUCUA